CCAACCGUUGACAGAACUUCAUCGAUUCUGUUCCGUCGUGCUUCGGUGUGAUUGCAAAAAAACAUGGCAGAAUAUAAAGAACCCCACCAAAAUGCUAACGAUGAGGAAGAUGCUCAUCAUGACCACCAUGUCCACUUUCCUGAGAGUGUAGGCCUUAAUACAGAAAUACAGGUCACAAAGAAAGGCAAAUCAGUGGACGUCCAUCUUGGAUUUCUGCAGUACAAGCACAAAUAUGAGAUCACCUUUGUUGUACCCGUAGCAGAGAGCAGUACUGUUAGUCACUCUACUUCUAGUCCAUUUCUUUGUAUUUGUGAAGUGAAAAAACUAGGUGAUGGCAAAGGUCAGGAAGUAAUUUUACAAUUAGAUGCCCACAAAGAAGGCCUUUUACAAGAUAAAUUUGAUCUUAAAAAUGAUUCAAAGAAUGAAAUCUAUCAUGUAUGUGUCAAAGCAAGGGUAUUAGGACCAAAGAAAGGCACACCGAUGUUAAAAGAAAACAUUAAAUGUAUAGCAGUGGAGAAGGAUGAAGAACAUGAUGACAGUGACUGGCAGGGAUUUGAUUGAUAGAUGUCAAUAAUAGGCACUUGGAGUAUUUUAGCUAAGGUCUAUUAAUUUAAUGGGCAAGUCACAUGACAACCAGUCUAGCAGAUUUAAAGCAAGGUUUUAGAAGUUAAAAGCCAAUAACAUUUAAACAGUAGUGACAAUCAAUUAAGAUUUAUCACAAAGUGAUAAAAAACAUAGAAAACUUUGAGCCCCUACCUUCACUWACUAUUUUUGCUAAUUAAUAUAUAYUCUUAUUGUGUACUGAAUAUAUAAUGUACAACUAUAUGAACGUCAAAAGCAUUAAAAACAUGCAAAAUAUAAAGUCUUUUUAAAUGCUAAAACAUUUUAACAUAGAUAUAUAAAAAAUAUAAGAGAUAAACAAUAAAUUACCACUAUAAGUGGCCAGUUUGCCACGUCAGAAUGUGCAUCAAAUCUCAAACUGUGAAAUUUUAUAAACAUUGCAGUCUAUAUUUCAAUUCAUUGUUAUCUAUCAAAAUGUAAUUAAUUCUGUACAUUACUAACAUUACAAUGUAUAACAUUACAAUGUAUAUGAAUAAAAAUUUGUGAAAAAAUAAAAAUCAUAGCCUCAAAA